AUGACCAACUACCGACAGUUGCAACAGGCUGCACUGCGGUGGACUAUGGUGGACACCACAACCGCCUGUGAUGGGCCUCAGGACCACCAUGGCCAACUACCGACAAUUGUGACACGCUGCACUGCGGUGGACUAUGGCCCUUUUUUAAAUGACAUCUAUUAUCAGAUUGAAAUGGCGAUUGAGACGCUGCAGAAGUCUGACGGUCUGUCCACUCACAGAAGCUCUCUGCUCAACAGCCAUCUCCAGUGGCUGCUGGACAAUUAUGAGACAGCCGAAGGAGUGAGCCUUCCCAGAAGCACCUUGUACAACCACUACCUUCGACACUGUCAGGAACACAAACCUGACCCGGUCAACGCUGCGUCUUUCGGAAAACUGAUAAGGUCUAUUUUUAUGGGGCUUCGGACCAGAAGAUUGGGCACUAGAGGAAACUCCAAGUACCAUUACUAUGGGAUUCGUGUCAAGCCGGAUUCCCCUCUUAAUUGUCUGCAAGAAGAUAUGCAGUACAUGACUAUGCGACAACAACCCAUGCGGCAGAAGCAAAGGUACAAGCCUAUGCAGAAAGUGGAUGGGGUCACAGAUGGUUUCACAGGAAGUGGUCAACAGACAGGCACAUCUGUUGGGCAAACUGUAAUUGCCCAAAGCCAACAUCAUCAGCAGUUUUUAGAUGCAUCGCGAGCCCUUCCGGAGUUUGGAGAAGUUGAGAUCUCUUCCCUGCCAGAUGGUACUACCUUUGAGGAUAUCAAGUCACUGCAGAGUCUUUAUUGAGAGCACUGUGAGGCGAUAUGGGACGUUGUUGUGAAUCUUCAGUUUAGCCUGAUAGAAAAAUUGUGGCAAACAUUCUGGCGCUAUUCUCCCACAACUCCAGCUGACGGCACUACCAUUACUGAAUCCAGCAAUCUGAGUGAAAUAGAAAGUCGACUUCUGAAAGCAACGUUGAUCACUCUGUGCAGACACGAGUCUGUCCUGAAGUGGAUGUGUAACUGUGACCACGGGAUGUACCAGGCUCUGGUGGAGAUCCUCAUCCCCGACGUCCUUAGACCUAUUCCUAGUGCCUUGACCCAAGCCAUUCGAAAUUUUGCGAAAAGCCUUGAAGGUUGGCUUUCUAAUGCCAUGAACAACAUUCCCCAGAGAAUGAUACAAACCAAGGUUGCCGCUGUAAGCGCCUUUGCCCAGACUCUGCGCAGGUACACGUCUCUCAACCACCUGGUCCAGGCAGCUCGCACCGUGCUGCAGAACACCUCCCAGAUCAACCGGGUGGACUUCGCCAACGUCCAGGUAGACUGCCAAGGUGUCUGGUCUUGUAAGGUGAUGAGGAAUCUUCCCUGGCUGAGACCAGUAAUUCGCAAGUGGUGA